ACUUUUAAAUCUCAUUGAUUUCAGUGAAAAAGAUUUAAGUACCUGCAUAAUUCUGGCUAGAGCAUGCCACCUGUUUUUGUUGAGGGUCAGAAAGAUGACCAGAUUAGGAUACAAACCACUAUAUUUUUGCUAUUUUGUGUAGCAAGUGUAGUUUUAACACAGAACAUUUGAGUCCCCUCAGCAUAAAGUUAGGAUGCUGUUUCAUGCAAGACUCAAAGCAUUAUAAUUAAGCCUGCCUUCAAGAAACUAAAUUCAGUACCCACUCUCAUUUAGUGUUCAUGUAGAAUGAUUGUGUACACACCGCCAUGCAUAUGUCUCUGUCUUCCUCAAGAGUGUCUUCCAAAUGCCGAACUUCUGGACUAAUCAAUGGCUCAGCGAUUAGGCAGACAGAUGUCCUACUGGUUGCUUGGAUCCAGCAUUACAAGACUACCCGUUUGAGUCAUGGGACCUGACUGGGAAGGGGCUGCUUCGUUUGUCCUAUCGGGAUUUGGAGGAUCUGGGCAUGCACCGCAUUGGCCACCAGGAGCUGCUUUUGGAAGCUGUGGAGCAGCUCUGCGUAUUGAACUAUGACCUGGCGACGACCAACCUGCGGGCGCUCACGGAGAAGCUGCAAGGUGUUGUUGGGACAACCCAGGCCUUCAUCCUGAGUCGCAGGAAAGUGAGCUCCUAUGAUGGCAGUGCUGUUGAGAAGCCCUCUACGGAACUCCUGGCCUGUGUGGUGGAGCUGAUUGGUGCAGCAAAAGGUCUUUUCCUAUGGCUCAAGAGGUAUCUCUUCUCCCACCUUAAUGAUUAUUCAGCCAGCAGAGACAUCAUCUGGCUGUGUGGAGAUCUAGCAGAGAUGUUGCAGAAGGACUGCAUUGUGUCUGAGAGGGAGGACCGGAUAUUACUGACUGUCAGACACAUCUCUGGGAUCUGUGAGCACAUUUUGAAUUACAGUCCAACUGACCUCUUGGAGCAAACUGCCAUCUUAGAGACCGUGGAGCUUGUGCCAGCAGGACCAGAGGACAGUUUGGGCAUCGAGAUUAAGUCCUCACCCACCUGUCUCCAUUUCAUAUCAGGAACUGCCCCAGAGUCCCUGGCUGAGCACUGCAGCCCCAGGGUCCUUCCAGGAGAUGAGAUAGUGCAAGUCAACAACCAGGUGGUGGUGGGCUGGACCCGGAUGAAUCUGGUGAAGAAGCUUCUUGAGUUGUCAAGUCGGGUGACGUUGGUGCUGAAGAAAAUCCCAUUCGUUUUUUCAGAGCCUCCUAGCUCCCCUGGGCCGUCUCCUCUGCAACAGAAGGUGCCAGACAGUUUCUUGGAUGCUGUGGAGCCCCUGAGCUUGCAGAGUGAUGAGUCUCCCGCUGGUUUUCCUUCCUCGACUUCCAGCAUGACUGCUGAGGUGGAUGGGAGCCCAGAUUCUCUUUUAGCAUUCCCUGCUGAUGAAGAGGAGCAGGAAGGAACUGAUGCACAGCCUGCGGAUGGCAACACCUGUGGCCUUGUAGAAGAACCUUCUAGAGCAGGGGAAUUUGCUGAACCUGCACUAGCAGGUGAGGGCUUUGUUAGGGCAGAUCCUGAACGGCCCAGAUCCCCAGAUCCCCCUUCCCCUGCUAGACCCAGUACCCUAGAGCUUGAAUUGGAAGGCUCCACCACCCCUGAGAAUGGAUUUGUCAGAGGAAGCCGGGGCCUGGGAUCUGCAGACUCUUCCAAAGAGGGCAGCGUUGAAUAUCGCCGAAAGCAAAAAGGAAUGACAACCCGGCUAAGCCGACGCCGGAUCUCUUGCCAGGAACUGGGGCAGGUGGAUUGUGAUGGCUGGCUCUUGAAGAAGAAGGACCACGUGGGCUUCAUGGCCCAGAAAUGGAAGCGAUUCUGGUUUGUGUUGAAGGGACAAGCCCUCUACUGGUACAGCAACCCCAAUGAUGAGAAGGCUGUGGGCUUAAUCAAUGUGUCGGCCUACAGACUGGAAAGCACAAAAGAACAGAAAAAGAAAUAUGUCUUCCAGCUCACCCAUGAGAAAUACAAACCCUUUAUCUUUGCAGCUGAGACCCUGGCUGACCUGAGCAUGUGGGUCAGCCGUUUGAUAACAUCUAUGAUGAAAUACAUUCCAGUCCAUAAAUCUGUUCCACACAGGCAAGAAGAUUGCUACAGUGAAACAGAAGCAGAGGACCCUGAGGAUGACUCUCCUAGGCACAGCUUUGAUUUGCCAAGGCGGAAGGAACUGGAAAAAGAUUCGCUGCUAACAGGUGCCACAGGGGGUCGUGAAUCCCCAAGCAGGAGCCCUCUGGGUAGCCCUCUCCCAAGGCAAAAUGCAGACCAAGGCACAGCAUCACCCUCUCCCACAGACCCUGCUGGUGAAGAACUCGAGUCACUGUUCAAGUGUCUGAAGCAAGGCGGGGUGUCUCUCAUUGGGAAGCAGCAGGUGUUUACUCGUGAAUACUACCGAAAAUCCUUCGUCAAGCGCAACAAGAACCCAGAGAUCAACGAGAAGGUGCAUCUUGUUCGGACCCUUCAAAGCACCCUUAAGGCAAAAACAGCUGAGCUCCAGCUACUCGAUAUUCUCCUGGAUGACUCUGAACUGACCUCUGAGAAAUUCAGAUCUUGGAAAGAACAACAUCAGGAGUUGUACCAGGAAAUCCAGGCAUGGUGGGCUAAGAGGGUGAGCCAAGAGGAUGGCGCAAGAACAGACUCGAUGUUGGACAUCAACCCAGAGGAUGCUGCUUCUGCUUCUGCGCCAUAAACUCUUUGUCAACAGGGGACACUCCCUGUGGGAUUUGCAGGCCUUCCUUCUCCCAUAAACAGCUCCAGAUGGUCCUCUCAUUCUAAAGAGAGAGAGAGAGAGAGAGAGAAUGACAAAGAUCCCCUUGCUGAACUGAGAUAGGAGGAAGCUUGUUUGUCGGCAUGGCGGAUAUCUUGAUUUUAAUUUAAUUUUUUUAAAGAUGGAGACAUUGAUCUGCCUGUGCAAAAAAAGAAGGCUGACAAAAGGGGGUUCAGUCUGCCAGCUACUCACUAUGGACCGACAACUUGAAAAGGUGAAAAGGUGACUCUUCAGAGUGGCUUGCCAUUGCAUCCUUUUCAGUGAGAAAAUUCUUUGGAAACAGCAAUUUCUCAGACACGUUUCAACUUGGAACACUUUCUCAGGUGUAUUUUUGAUGACAGAGCAGACAAUAGUAACUUGUAGUUUUUUAAAAUUAUGGUGGUUUGCAUCAGGAAGCAGCUUUGGUUAACAAGCAGAAUCAGCAUAUAUAAGAAUAAAUAAUAAUAGCUACUUGUACUGUUAAACAAUUUAAAAAAUAAUACAUAGAUACAAAAAGGGUACUUUGUUCUUCUGUUUAUAUCUUCAAAACAACAGCUUUCAAAUGACAUCAAGCUGCAAAAAAAACAAUCUGUUAGAACAAAGCUAUCUCUUUUAAAAACAUUGCUUUUGGAUAAGAAUCUUCCAGUUCAAAGACACUCUCUGAAAUCUUGUUGUAUUGAUAUGAGUUCUGCUUGCUGGACUUCAUGCAUGUUCAUGUCAGUUCAAACCAUCUGAACAGCAGCUGGCUCCACGUUUAAGAGGAUCCUUAGGAUAGUUCUCUAGCUGACCUCCCUCCAACAUCAGUGGGCCCAUGUAGGCUUAUUUGGUGGUGUAACGCAACAUCAGUGGCUGCAGCAAUGCACUCAUCAGUGACUGGCAGAAGAUGCCAUUUUAAUAUUCCAAAAUGCCCCUGAUGCAAUGCCACUCUGGGGACACAGGUGGGAAUUGCCAGGGGAACAAGUUUGGCCCACGAGGGCAUUUUCCUCAAACCACGUCCACCUGUUAAUCAUCUGAUGGGUAGGGCAGGGUUCAAUUCUGCAUUGGCUGUGGGUGCCUGUUCCACCUUUUUGGGGAAGCAUGAGAAAGGAGCCUGCAUUUUACAGGCUUCCAUUUAAGGCGUGUGCUUUUUCACUGAGCAGUAUUUAACCCCCACUCUACAGCUGAAGAAUGCUUGUUAAACUCUGCUCAGGGUUCAUGCAUGGGCCGCCAAAGGAAGCUUGUAAAAUGCAGGGUUCCUUGUCCCCACCCCACCCCAUCCCAGGGAGUAUCAGGCACUUGGGGAUCUGUGCAAGAGGUUUUGACAGGUGGACGAGAGAAACCACAUGUCAGUCACGUGAUGUCAUAAUAACAUUAUAUGAUGGAUGAGUAAGAAGCCCCACCCACCUGUCAAAUUUGGCCCACAAGGAUCUGCCACAUGGAGCCAGCAAGCUGCCUUACCUUUGCUCUAGGGCAUUUUGAGAAAUUAGUUGAACAGUGCUGCUGGGAAAUAUUUCUUGCCAAUCAGGAGCACACUUUAAGGCUCCUGUUUGUUCCUUUGCAGCUGCACCUUCACCUGCCCCACACAUGAUGUCACCUAUGACUUGGCUUUUGGGCUGACGGUUCCCCAAUGCUGAUUGAGGGUAUCUAGGUUUAAGACCCACCUGUCUCUUGUAAAGCUUUGGGCAAGUUAGUUUUCUAUAGGUCAAAGCAAGGUCAGUAGUGACCUACCUGCUCAAGGGUCCCCCACCCCAAUUAUUUAUGCUGCUGCUAGAAUUAUGUAUUUUUUGCCAUAGUUUCACCAGGACUUUCUCUUUUAAUGUAUCGUUUUUGUGUUGGUCAUGUUAAGUUCUUUGUUGAUCUUUUUGUAAGCCACUUGCUGCAUUAUUUUAAACAGAAAAGCAACUUCAGCUUUAAAAAUAAUAAAAUACUUCGUAGGGACUUGUUGCAACAGCAAACAACUUGCAAAAUACUUAAAACCCUAUAGCGUUGUGAUAAAUAUUUGUUUCUGAGUUCACUAUUUCAGCCACUCUUUACAAGACGUGGACAUGUUUUAUUUCAUUUGCUCCAAAGCUCUGCAUACCUUUAAUAUUAUCAAAACAAAGGAACCAAUGCAGUGGUGCAGAAACAAGUAUCCUGGAUAAGGACGUUUUCGGCAUUGCAGUGCCGGUUUCUGUCACAAACAUUCUUUCCUAGUUACUCAUUGAUGGGUGGAGGCAGGAAGAUGGGAAGUGACAGUGUUGAUGACUUGACUAGUAAAUUUUAAAGCCAUUUCCUUUCAAAACUAAACACAGAAUCUCAAAAAGGAUCCUACACUGUAAUAAAGCUUUAUCUUAGCAGUAAAAGGCUUUGUCAAAAGGGGAUCCUGCUUAAACCAAAAUCAACGGCUUUUCAUUGCACCAUCAAAACGAGGGUGGGCUGUAGCUCCGUGGCAGAGCAUCUCCUGUGCUUGCAGAAGGUCCCAGGUUCAAUCCCUGAUGGCAUCUCCAGAUAGGGUUUGAUGAGUUUCCUGCCUAAAACCCUGGAAAGCUGCUGCCGGUCAGUCUAGACAGAACUGAGCUAGGUGGGCCAGAAGUCUGACUCGGGAUAAGACAGCUUCCUGUUGAGGUAGAGGGACUGAAGCCGGGUUUUAAAGGGGGACAGGACUCUAUCAACUAAUGUGCAAGAUGAAAACUGGAAAGAUGCUUUGGUGAAAAGCAAAGCUUGGGUUGGCCUAGGUGCUGCCCAGAGGCAGGGCAACCCCUGUCAUUCAGCAGAGUGAGGCAGCUGCCUGAUGAUAGGUAAUGGCAGCAAGCGUCGGUUGGAUUCAUCCGCCAGCCUAGUUGGCGUCUGUUUAUGGAAUUGCUUAUCCGUUGCCUCAAGCAGCAAAAAGUCUUGGGCUGACCCCAGCCAGAGGAAAAAGCCUUUCUAUAAGCUUGCAACCUCACUCUUUCUCAGCAAGUGCCAGGGUGGACCAGCUGACAAAGUGUUAACUUUGUAGUGGAUAGAAAAUUUGGAGACUCAGGUACGCAUCCACACCGACCCACCUGUGGAACCCACAGGGGGAAUUUGGACAAGUCACCAUCCCUUCAGUAGGAUACUGUGGUGAUAAAAAUUAGAUAGUCCCCAAGCUCCAUGUUUCUAGGAUAUUAUGAGUUGCUAUAACAUUCUUCAUCUUUAUUCCUAUUAUUCUGUAUUGAGUUUGUUUUGCAUUCUUGAUUGAGUGAUGCAUGUCAAUGGAUGUAACCAUUUUAAAAAUGACAUGUUCCAGAUUGAGAUUAUACCAGUUGUGUAUUGGAUGUGUGUGUUUUGCUGUGGGUGUAAAGUACACUAGCAAAGUUUCUAUUUUGUAGACUCUUAAGAAUCAAAGGAAAUACUUCCUAAAUAUUUCAGAAUGUAUGGCUUUCAUCUCGGGUUGGCAUAUUUUGAUAUCGUGCUUUAAGUGUUCAGAGCACCUCACAUGCAUUUUUAGUUGUCAAUAAUACCAAUCUACCUUACAAGGUUGGUGAAAGGAUAUCUCCAUAUUGCAGGUGGGAGGAGAAGAAUUAAUGAAUAACCUUUCCCUUUUCCACUGCCCAGUAAACUGUAUAGUCUGUCUUCUGUAUAAGAUUCCCUGAUGCAAAUGUUCCAUUUCCCAUAUUUCAAACAUUACACUAGGGAUGGGGAACCUGUAGACUCCAACUCCCAUCAGCCUCAGCCAGCAUGGCCAAUGGCCAGCGAUGAUAGGUGUCAUCCAAUAGGUUCCCCCAUUCCUGCAUUACACAAAUGUUUGUCUGUAGUUGUCUUGAGGUUCCAAGACAUCAUGCCUAGCAUAACAGGUGGUGGCUGCCACAGAGAAAGUCCUUUACCAGGCUGCUAUUCACCAGACUUCCAUCAAUAGUGGAACUACCAGAAGGCAGCGCAACUCUUUUAAAACUAGGUUUAUGUGAGUUCUAAAUGGAACCCCAGCAAGUAGUAAAUAGAUUCAAAAUGCAGCAAUCAAAGCUUCCCAAUCAUCUUCAAAGGCUGUCCCAUGGAGAGCUCAUUGCAGUAGUCCAAACUGGAGGCUACCAGAGUGUAGAGUGUGGUGGCCAAGUCAUCUAUGUCCAAGAGGGACCAUAGCUGGUGAACCAGCCAGAGCUGGAAUAGGCAAUUCUAGCCACGGAGGCUACCUGAGCCUCCAGUGACAGUGUUGGAUCCAGGAGCACCCACAAGCUACAGACCUGUCCCUCCCAGAGGAAUGCAACCUAGGGCUGGGGUUCGCUGCCUACUUCCAAUCUGGUUGUAUCAUUUAUUUAUUUAUUGUAUUUAUAUACUGCCCCAUAGCCGAAGCUCUCUGGGCGGUUUACAAUAACUAAAAACAUUAAAAACAAAUAUACAAAUUUAAAAACACAUUUUUAAAAACAAUUUAAAACACAAUUUAAAACUAUUUUAAACACAUGCUAAACACAUGCUUGUAUUAAAACACAUGCUUGUAUUCAGAUAUUUCCUCGUUCCAUCCCGAUCCGCCCUUUUUCGUUCCCUCUUGCUUUGGUGCUUGCUGAUUUGAUCUACUGGGGGUUUUUGGUUGCAAAAAAUGUGUAAUUUUUAACGUAAA